UUAUCAUCAUUAUGUCUCAAUCGGUGUUCAUGAUGCACUUCAAUCAUGUUCAAUGUUCUCAGUACGUGCGUGUGUGUUCUGUGCAAAGUACGAAGCAGAAAUCAAUCGACAUUGAUAUCGUGACAAAUGUUUCAGGAAAAAAUUUAUUAAUUUAAAUUGAAUUAAUUCUUGGAAACACAGCUAAAUUUUGGUGAUUUAUUUUUAUUCAAAGUGAUUUUUCCUUGAAUUUUUGUCGCAUUUUUGAUAAAAACAUUGAACAAAAUGCCAUUGAUUCAGCGUAAUCUAUUUCCAAGUCGGCCAUCACCGAAAAAAUGUGAUGGUCCUAGUGUGCUACGUAAUUCGACCAAUAGUAAUUCCUUGGCAAAUAACAAUAAUGAUUCAAUCAACAACAGCAGAAUUAUUAUCAAUCCAAAUCUAUCACUAUAUAAUAGUAAUGAUAAUGACCAAUCAAUCAUCAACAAUAUCAAAGCAAGAAAUAAAAAAGAUGGCAAACAAUUUUUACGUAAAAGUCAGUCAACAAGUAUGAUUUCAUUGUUGGCCAUCACCAGCAACAACAACAACAGCAAUCAAAAUCAUUUAGUUCCUUUUAAUAAGAAAAAUUCGUUGAAAACACCCAUCUAUGAUGAUAAUUUCAAUAUUAUCAAUUCGGAUACCAGUUCGGAUCCAAAUUCACUUUGUUCAUCGUCGUCAAGUUCAAUGGAAAACAAUAAUCAAAAUAUGAUGAUUAGUCGAAGAAGAAUUCUAUCCCGAUCACGUGAUGCAUUGAACAGUAGCUCAAGUUGUACAACAACAUCGGACGAUUAUCAAAGUUUCAAUCAUCAACAACAAGAUGAAGAUGUUUGGUUCAAUAGGACUAAACUUAUAUCGGAUCAUGUCGAUGAAAUAAUAUCGAAAUGGAAUCAAAUUGAUGAUGAAAUAUGGGCCAAAAUAAUCUGCAUGGAACGUAAUCGUCGUGUUGCCAAAGCAUACGCUCGAACACCAAUUCUUACGAUAAAUGGUUUUGAUCUUGGAUUCGAUGGUCAUCGCAUCGGUUUGAAUGGUUUCAAGAAUCCAAUGCGCGAUAAAAAAUGCCAAGAAAUCAAAAAUCUGAUCGAAGAUGGCAUCAAAAUACGUAUGGAUGACAAUGGCAAUCUUCUGAUGAAACGUUUGACCGAUGUGGAUGUUUUUAUUUAUCGAUAUGACCGAAUGAAUGAUGAUAUGAUUAUUGAUAAAAUCGAACAACGAAGAAAAUCAAUCAUAUUAUUCGAUAUGAAACAAUAUCAUAGCGAUCUAUUGCAACAAUUACAUUCCCCUCGAUCAUCGUCGUCGAUACCGAAUCGCCGAAAAAUUGAACAAAAAUGCUUUUGUUUUAUAUCGUUUGGUAUGGCUAUCAAUAAUCCGACCGAUCAAUUGCUGAAUACACCUGUUUGGUGUAUUCUGAUCAAUUUGGUUGCAUUGGAAAUGUUGAUCAAAUUAUUACCACCAGCACCCGCAAACAAUCCAAUUUCAGAAGAUAAUUUCUAUUCAUUACCGAUAACAAUUUCAUCAUCGUUCCAUAAUAAAUUCACAAACAAUGCAAACGGUUACCCGAAUCAGCACCAACAGCCACUAUCAUUAUCCUUAUUACCGCCAAAAUUACCGCCGCGUGAUUUGAUGAAUAAAAAUCCUCCAUUAACAUUGCCAGAACCAGAUUAUGAAGAUGAUAUUAAGCAUAAUAAUAACGUGAUAAUCACUAAACAACAACAAAAGCCAUCUUUUCCAUCUAAUCAAGAUGAUGAUCCCUAUUUUUAUGGACUGAGUGCACAUGUGCCAAAAUUUCCUAAUAAUAAUCAACAACAACGAUCAAUACCACCACCAAUUCUGCGUAAAGCAAAAAACAGAUUUGCCAAUAAUUAUCAUCAACCACAACCAGCAUCAUCACAAUUUGAUCCCAUCACAAUGAUACAGCCAAUCAAUGGACGACAUAAUCAAAACAACAACAACGAUGAUAAUAAUGAAAUCUAUGGUAUCAAUCCAUCGUUGUUACGGAAAAAUACUAAAUUUCAACCCAGAAUAACCACCAAUAAUUCUAAUUCAUCAUCAUUGAGGAAUAUUUUCUCUAGGAAAAAUAAAUCAACAAACAUCAAUAAAGACCAGAAUAAUAAUCCACGCAAACAUUAGCCAA